AUGAAGUAUUUCUUUUAAAAAGUGUUUCUAUAUUAUCCUAAUCAGAAUAUGUUGGAAAAUUAAAACAAAAAUAUUCACAUACCUGAAGCAGGUUUAAUACAUUAUACUACUCCUUUACCUGUUUAUCUAUUUUUCAUAAAGGUUGGAAUUCUAAUGUUGGAUUCUAUGUUUGAUGCAGUAAUAAUUUCACCAAUUAGAAUAAUUUUAUCUAUUUUGUCAAAAAACUUGAUUUCAAUUUAAUUCAGAUUGGAUUUAAUCUAAACUAUAAUGAUUUGGGUAAUAACUUGGCUUUUUACAUUCAACUAUUUUGAAGUUGGAUAUUGGUAUCAUAUAAUUAGGAGUUAAUCUUAAAUUAAGUUAUAUGGAAUUAUUUAGAUCUUAGAUUUACUUGAUAGAUUAGCUUGUACUUAAGGAGAUUAUAUCAUAAGAUAAUUAUAUUGGUAGAAUGUGUAUAAGAAUUAAACUGUUUUCAAUAGAUAUUUGAUCUAUUCAUAUAUUUAUAUCUUUGCUCAUGCAUGUUUAUUAGGAUUAUAGUUGACAGUUUAUAAUGUAAUCUUUAGUUAGAAGGUGUAACUUUUGUAUUUAGCUUUGUUUGUCUUAAGUUUAAUAAAACUAAAGGGGUCAGUAUUUAAAAAGUAGGAUCAAAAAUCAUGUAUAUAGACAGCAAUUAAUGAUGGAAGAGAAUAUUUUCAAAAAGCACUUUAUAUAAUAUUGAUUUCAAUGAGUAUAAAAUUUACUCCAGUAGACUUUUAUUACAAAAUUGGAUUUUAUUUUUUCAUUGAAUUGCUAGGUAUAAUUUAGUCAAAUUUACAUAGUCGAUUCAUUCAAAUAUAUUUCAAUUUUUCAUCUAAACAGUGUAUCAAUAAAUGUAUUAAAUGAAUAAACAAAAAAUUUGUCUAAUUUUAUGUAUGCAGUUUCAAUUUAAUAAGAUAAAAUUAAGGAAUUCUCAUUAAUUGAUCAUAAAGAUUUAUGUCUAGUAUUAUAAAAUGUAUAGAUUUUAAAUUUCUAUAGAUACCACUUGCUUAAGCUAAAAUUAUAGGCAAAUUUAAUAUAGUUAUAUUUCCUUAAGUAAUAAUAUCUCUAAAAAUGUUGGCAUACAACUACCAAAAACAUAAAUCAUCAUUAGAAAAAGAGGAUUAUAUUUAUAUUGGAUUUAUAAUAUUAAUUAUGUUAUCUUUUACUAAAAUGAUCAUAUUAUUUUAUUAUAGAAAUAGUUAACUCUACUUACAUGUAAAUAAAUUAAAAGAUUGA